AUGGCGACCGCAACAGUCAAAAACCGCGAAGAGUCUUACCAUGCCGACCAGGUCGGUACCGGCGACGCCCCCGCAGUUUCUGCUCGACGUCUGAAGAAGCGGGAAGUCGACCGACGAUGCCAGCGUGAAGCACGGGAGCGGAGACGGUCCCGCAUCGCUGAUCUCGAAAACCUGGUGGUAGAGUUGAGACAAAAAGAUGCAAGCGGGCAGGUCGCAGCCUUGUUGGAGCAGAUGAGAAAGGUCGAGCAGGAACGCGACACAAUGGCAAAAGCGUUGAAAGAUAUUCAAAGCGUCCUCGCUCUCAGGCUAUCAAAGCCGGGCGAGGACCGAGCACAAGGAGCUGGUAUUGCAGCAGCCCAGGUAGCCGUGGAAGAUGCAAACAACAAAAGUCAAUCCAUUGGGAGUACGGAUACUUCAGAGAAGCUUCCAUGGGAAAUGAUCGAUGUUACCGCCCCUUUGCUCGAGGAACCCGAGGCUGUAUCAGCAAACUUUUCUGAGCUGGCUGGUUCUAUUGCCACACCGGACAGCGGGCUGGCCCAAAGCACCUCCCUCGUCAGUCCAGAGGUGAUACAACGGCGUAUCUCCCACUCAAUACCCCAUCCAGGCACGCAAUCGUGGAGCGCAAAUCGACAGCACUCCCAUCGAUCGCCUGAGAUAUACGAACCGAUUAGCCCUCCAGGCUCCUGCUGCAGUGUUGCUCACGUGGACCGUCAGCCGGGCCAGCGCGCUGUCUGGCAAGGUAAUUAUUGGAAAUAUCUCAGUGAAGUCAUGGGAGAGCGCUUCGACUGGACACAAGACAUCCGGCCCGCAGAUGAUGUCGAGUCGGAUGACAUCCCGAUCCGCGCAAUGGUUGAAGGCUGGGAGGCUGUGGAACGACGCGGCCCCUUGCAUCCUUCCUGGAACAUGCUGCGCCGCAUCGAUGAGGCUCUGUUCCCACGAAUAGCCAAGACCGAGAGGCUGGCUAUGUUGAGGGCCAUGCAUCUGCUUCUACAAUAUCACACCGAUUCUACCUCGGCACGGUACAAGCGCCUUCCGCCGUGGUAUAUCUAUCGACCUGGGCACGAUGUCCCCCACACUUACGCCAUCGAGUACUGGGCCUGGCCUCCGUUCCGCCAACGGUACAUCUCAAACGAGCAUGCCUACUGUGGAAAUGAUUUCUGGUACAUGUACGAGACGCAACUGCGACUUCUGUGGCCAUUCGACUUUCGCGAUUGCUAUACCCAUGACCUGGAAACCGGUCUCUACAAACCCAGUCACUUGUUCAAUGAAAGGUUGAACGACAUCAAAUGCUGGACAAUGGGCCCUGACUUCUUCCAGCGGUAUCCUGAGCUAUCCAGCUCCAUACCGAUUUCUGCAAACCAUAUUCCCAAACACGUACCAUUCGCGGCAAGACCCGUGAGAAGACGAUCGGUUUUACCCGCUUCCGCGGCAUCGGCCAAAGGAGCGCAAUCGGGCUGCAUGGCAGUGGUGUGCUCGAGAGAGCGACAGGGACAGAGACAUGAACAAGGACGUGAAAAGGACCAUGAACAGGAAACGGGGCGAGAUCAGGCUGCAUGGCCUAGCUUUGGGGUAGCCUCGGAUCAAACUGUGCCGCUCCAUACAGUGCAACCUCAACAGCAAUGUGGACAAACGCACAAUGAGCAAGCGUACCUCUUAUCCUUGCCCGUCCAUGGCUACAGCUUUCCACAACCAUCGUGGGAACCCUCUUGUUCUCCUGCUUUUCCUGGUUGGUACAAUGUUGCGGACUUCGACUUUGAUCUGUCUCAAAUGGGAAGCACGGACACCAGCCUGUCUGCGUUUCCGUUCAUGCCCGGAGCAGCUACCGGCAUGGAGUACCAUCCUGGCCGAAUCGAAACGGGGUCGAUAGAAUUGUCUGAAGUUUGA